AGCAUCGCAUCUCGUGUCCGCGUCGUCCUGCACUGCUCCCCAUUCUCUCUCUUCCCCCAGCCCAGCCUCGCCUUCUUCCUCCUCUUCCUCUCCCCCCAAUCUGCGGCGGGGUUGAUUCGAUUUCGAUUCCCUUCCCACCACCGAUCGCCCACCACCUCCUUCCCCCAGACAGCCAACGCAAUCCGCUCCCCGAGGUGCCUCCCCUCGCAACGUGCGGGCUCGCUCGCGGGCGGGGCCGGCACACUCACCGCCACCACCCUCUUAUUAAUUUCCCCAUCCCCCUCCGCGCUUCAAAACCUCCUCCGCCUCCGCCUCCGCCUCAUCCUCCUGCUCCGCCACUUCCAAGCCCCGCGGGCGCCGCAUUGCUCGCCGCCGCCGCCGCCUUGGUUCCUCUUGCGCCCCCUUCUGUAUUUGGUGGUUUGGUCUGGGUUUGGUUGCGAGGAGUUGUUUGAUCGGAGGAGGGGAAAAUGUGGGUGGAGCGGGUGGUCGGGGAGCGCCGGAUGCGGGAGAUCCAGCGCUUCGCGCGGAACGCUAAGCUCACCGCCGUCUGCCUCCUCCUCACCAUCGUCGUGCUCCGCGGCUACGUCGGCGCCGGCCGCUACGGCACGCCGCAGCAGGACCUCAUCGAGCUCCGCCAGCACUUCGUCUCCCACCCGCACCGGGCGCUCGCCGAGCACCACGACGCCAGGUCCAGGGGCUCCGCCACAACCACCUCGUCGUCCUCCUCCUCCGGACGCGGCGACGACGAGCCUGACCCGCCGCCGAGGACGCUCAGGGACCCGCCCUACACGCUGGGCCCCAAGAUCUCCGACUGGGACGAGCAGCGCGCCGCCUGGCACCGCCGCCACCCGGAGACGCCGCCCUUCCUCAACGACGUCAAGCCGCGGGUGCUGCUCGUCACCGGCUCCUCCCCCAAGCCCUGCGAGAACCCCGUCGGUGACCACUACCUCCUCAAGUCCAUCAAGAACAAGAUCGACUACUGCCGCGUCCACGGCAUCGAGAUCUUCUACAACAUGGCGCUGCUCGACGCCGAGAUGGCCGGAUUCUGGGCCAAGCUCCCGCUCAUCCGGGCGCUGCUCCUGGCGCACCCGGAGGUCGAGUUCCUCUGGUGGAUGGACUCCGACGCCAUGUUCACCGACAUGGCAUUCGAGCUCCCUUGGGAGCGCUACGGGCCGUACAACCUCGUCAUGCACGGCUGGGACGAGAUGGUCUACGACGACAAGAAUUGGAUUGGGCUCAACACAGGCAGCUUCUUGCUGCGCAAUUGCCAGUGGUCGCUUGAUAUGCUGGAUACCUGGGCGCCAAUGGGGCCAAAGGGCCCUGUCCGCAUUGAGGCUGGCAAGGUGCUGACCAAGUCCUUGAAGGAUCGGCCAGUAUUUGAGGCUGAUGAUCAGUCGGCCAUGGUGUACAUCCUCGCCACUCAGCGUGAGAAAUGGGGUGACAAGGUGUACCUUGAGAAUGGGUACUACCUCCACGGCUACUGGGGCAUCUUGGUUGAUAGGUAUGAGGAGAUGCUUGAGAAUUACAAGCCAGGGCUUGGGGAUCACCGGUGGCCGCUCGUCACUCACUUUGUCGGUUGCAAGCCUUGCGGCAAAUUUGGGGACUACCCUGUUGAGCGUUGUCUCAAACAGAUGGACCGUGCAUUCAAUUUUGGGGAUAACCAGAUCUUGCAGAUGUAUGGGUUCACGCACAAGUCGCUUGCAAGCAGGAGAGUGAAGAGGAUCAGGAAUGAGACUAGUAACCCACUCGAGAUGAAGGAUGAGCUUGGGUUGCUCCACCCCGCAUUCAAGGCUGUGAAGACUUCCACAUGAUAAUUAGAGUACCAAUUCCACUUGUUAUUUUGUUUCUUCGUUCUAGAUCCUGUUGGGUCUGAAUCUGAAGUGUUCUUUUUGUAGAAUCUGGUGACAAUGGGAGGGUUGGGAUCAUGGGAUGGAUAUGUUAUAAUGUGAUGAGAUGUUAGGAUAAUGAUGUUAUGCUUAUUUGUUGGCAUAAGUUAUGUCUUACACUCCUAGAAAUUGAGUUAAUGAAUGAACUCAAGUUAUUGGUCACCAUGAUAGCCUUCAAUAGAAUUUCCUGUAUGGUUGUGAUUUU